AAAGUGACCACAAGGACCAUAAGGCACUAUUAGAGGUUUGUUGGCAAAAAUCUAGGAAUACACAACCUUUGCGCUAAGUUUGGAAUUCUUUCUUUUUCUAGUCGCAUGCAAAGACAACAACUCAAGAUGACUUGGAAACGGUUCCUCCCAUCUGCCAGAGGGGAGCGCCAGGUAAUCGCACCUGUGCGACUUCUUCUUCAUCGUCCGCAACUAUCCUGGCAAAACUUCCUUCCAGCUGCCAGUGCCACUUCGCGAAGGGUCCUUUGUUCUUCCUCUUCUUCAGUACCCUCAAAAAUACAUCAAGUCUCGCAAAGAACAAAACGGUUUUUCUCCGGCGAGUCGGCCAUUGCCGGCGCUGGCAUGGGGUGUGCAGUCGCGGAUUUGGGGAAUCAGCUCAAGUUUCACCAUUUGCACUUAUACGUGAACAGUUUAAAAAGCCUGGAAGAAUACAAGGCGGUGGAGGACAAGCUGAACAACUUUGUUUCUUCAGUAGGGAACGUGGAAAAGUUCAAGAAACAAACAGCAGUUGAGAAAAACGAAGAGCUGGAACAACUUUUGCGCGCCAUGUGGCGAUAUCAAAUGCAAAAGUGUCUGGGACUGAAAGAAUACAAGUUUGUCAUGCUUGUCUGGCAUGACUCGAGAAUCUGUGUUGCAUAGGCGCGAAAAGGCCCUCUUGCCUGUCAUGCAAAAACGCAGUUUGCCAUGCGGAAUACGUAGGACAUGGCAGCCAAAAAAUUUGUCAUGCAUAGCUGCGUAUUGCGGUGCGUCUACCAUUCACUUUUAGCAUUACAAGUUUCCAGACCCAGACACUUUUACAUUUCAUAGGCGAGAGAAGUACGAGCCCAAGGCCCCGGACGCGACGAAGUACGUCCCACACGGGCAGGAUAUGCAUUGCAAAAAUGUCUGGAUCUGGAAGGAUGUAACUUGUGAUGCUGUCUUUGGAUUCUAAAAAAAUCUGUACUGCCUGGCCAGCAAUAGGAGUCCAGUUUGGGCUACGCGGCGAGGCCAUUUGUCAUGCGGAACAGGCAUCAGGCAGCCCUCUAAAAGUCUGUAAUGCUGGGUCAUGCAUUACAGGAAUCAUGGGUCGUGCAAAACAUGCAUGACACACCUCGCAAUCUUCCAGACCCAGACAUAUUUGCAUUUCAUACAGGACGUGGUGAAGCAGAUGAUUAUGGGCGCGGGCUGGCGCAUUGCGGGGGUUCAUGAGGGACCGGAGUCGACGAGCUAUCAUGUAUUUCACAAUUCUUCAUCCUUGAUUUUUGCCACUUCAUUUCCAUGCUCUGCUUGUUACCUUUCGAAAUAACGCUUUGGCUUUCAAAACUUUGUAUUCGUCAAAAUUCACAGGUCGCUACCCACGAAAACCCGCGCGAGGGUGUUGCGGUGGUCGUUACCGCCGCGCACGAAAAGGCCUCCAGCGCCGACAGCAGCGGGACUGUGCUGGAUCACUUUCACCCGAAGAAUCUCAACCAGUAUUUCGAGGCCCACGGGUUCCGCCAGGGGUGCGCCGUUCUCGCGUUUCACUCGAACAGCGUCGACAAGCUAGCGGAGCGGUAUAAGGAGACCCACCCGGCGCUCGUGCGCGCGGGCUUUCCGAAGAGUUACGGCAGGACGAAAAUUUUGGAGGUGUACGCGUAUUACCAGAAGGACAGCACGAAUAAGCCGGAUCUGGGCACCGUCGUGCGGUUCGUGGAAGAGGAUCCGUAUCGGGAAAUUUUCCCGCUCCCCGGAAUGCAGCCGGUGAAAUACCAGCUGUCUGAUCCGGAGGUCUGUGCCGCGUACCCGGACCACUGGGUCUCCAACGUCUUCGAUCGGGAGCAGGUAACAAGAGAGUCCUCUGUGGAUUUUGUCAUGCACACCCGUACAAAUUAUGCGCUAGACUUCGUUAUGCUGUAGUUCUAGUUUCUUUAUGAAAAGAGUUGGAAAAAAAUCAAAUCCAAUGUCGCACUCGCACUCGUCCGUCACUUCAGGUCCUGAAAACCUUCGAGGACGUUUUCGGUUUCCAGCCAAAGGUGAACUUCAACGCGGGGGUAGUCGGUGCCGGCGAAGCGGUGAUUGAGUCCACCGUGACUGGAAAUGAGCCUAAGGUGGAGCUCAGCGACGAAAACCAGUGGUUCAAGAACCAGGACCAGAUCUACCUGCCGAUCAACAACGCGCUCUCCGAGCACGGACACGUCCAUCUCUACCUCGAACAGGUCGGCCAGGGCGUGCAGCAUUUCGCGUCAAGGGUGAAAAAUCUCCCGGACUUUAUCAGCCGCGCGAACCGGUUUCGGGAAGUAUUGAGAGGAAAAAUCCCCCCUCCCCAAAUUGAAAAGGUAUGUUUCCAAAAAUUUGUGUUGCGGAUUUGAGGUCACAAAUCACAUCUGUCUUGCAAGAAGACAAGGGCAGAAGCUUCCGCCCCAUUAUGGAAGCGAUUUGCCAUGCUGUCUGGCGUAAAGGGGGGCCGUUUGCCAUGCUGAACUACUAGACCCAUACGCCCCUACCUCCCCCCCUGGGGAUCUGGCCGCAGUGCCUCUGUGCAAUACAAAGCUGAUUUGUGGUCACAAAUCAGCAUCACAAAUUUCCGUUUUGAUAUGGGGAGGGGGGAUUUUUCAUUUUGAUAGGAAGUUACGGGAGAAGGCUUGGCGUUUCUGGAUAUUCCGAGAAGUUACUACGGUUUUCUGAGAGUAGAAGACUUCGAACAGUUCAAGUUUGACAGAGCGCAGGGGGAGAAAGUGCUCGAAGUCCUGCGAAAAGAGAACAUCGUCGACGAGCACAACGUGGUGGCACUCGACAUCGACAGGGAAGGUGUGGAAAGAGUGCUGAAGGAAGCGUCGGCAUCAUCAAUAGGAGACUUUAUUGCGGAGAACCAGCACAGCGACAUUGCGGACUUGGUUUGUCGCGGCAGAUACCGAAAUUUGUACGAUAUGAUGCUGGACACGCUGAACGAAGAGGAAUACUUGAACAUCGUGAAGAACAAAAUUCUCGUGGACAUCCAGGGCAAAGACAUCUUGCUCCAGAUUUUCUCCAAGCCCGUUCUCAUGGCCGAGCCCGGCCAGCAAGCGCCGUUUUUCGAAUUCAUACAGCGGGUGUGUGACAAGGAGAAAGCGACGCUGAGCCCCGGUUGUGGCGGGUUCGGAAUCAGGAACUUCUUGACCCUCUUUUUAUCGAUUGAAGUUUCCAACUUCAUGGAUCUGUACGAAAAAGCGGUGAAGGAGAAGGAUGAAUUGGGAAUGAAAAUAGCGAAACAGGCGGUCGCGAUCUUCACGUCGCAACUGCACGCAAGUAACCCGGUGUUGACGAAAAUUUCUGACGCUCUGGAGAAGCAGACACAGUGCAUCAACGCUCUGCAGGAAAUGGAUGCGAGUAGUAAAGACUAUGAGGAAAAGAAGAAGGAAAUACAGUUUUGGGAGGACGAAAAGAAUAUCAACUGUAAAAAUGUCUGGGUCUGGAAGAAUUCAACUUGUCAUGCUGAUUUUAGAUUUAAAAAAAUCUGUAUUGCAUGAGCAGCAAAGAGAGUCCAGGUUUUGCUACACGGAAAGAGCAUUUGUCAUGCGGUAUAGGCAUCAGGAAGUCCUCACAAAAUCUGUCACGCUAGAGCAUGCAUCACAGACAUCAGGAGUCAUGCAAAAUGUGCAUGACAAACCUGGCAAUCUUCCAGACCCAGACAUUUUUACAUUUGAUAAAGAACCAGAUCCAGGACAUCCUGAAGACCAUCGGGGAAGAUCACAAACAGCAGAUGGCUGCAUUGAUGGCCACCCGGAAGAACGGAGCAGAAGGUGGAAGCAAGGUAGGAGCCGCGGCAUAAGUGAUGUUGGUGUAGAUUCAGACCGGGUGUAGUGUCCUCUUUCUCGUCAAUCUCGACGGGGCGAACUAUGACGUCGAGUUCAUGAUUUUUUAGAACAUAGACCUUUUUGUUUUUCCCAUGAUUUGCUUUCUUGAUUUUUUGCUUAGUACCAAAAUAAAGUCAUGACUUUCAUCUUUUUCACGCCGGUCAAGCACAUUUUGCUUGGACUGUCAAUAUUAAGCUACUUUUUGUGCAUAUAAAGAACAGCUUUUCCUCUGUGGUUUUCCUUCUUUCCACUCCCACUGACCUCAAUUUGUGUAAGAUAGCAGGAACUCAUUUUCUCGGGAGCAGAUGCGCCCAUAAUAUUUGCGGAAUUUUUCAAACUCGAAGACUUCGUUGAAUGCAAUUACAGACCUAGUCUCAACUUUCUGCUACCACAAGAAACAGCUUGUUUGAGCAAGACCUUUCAUACAUUCUUAUGCCCGGGACAAAACAAGCCUCGCCUUGUAUACCACGAGUUUCUUGAAAAUUUUUGCAGAAGACAAGCGGAGUAAGUAC